GUUUUAUUGUGAGAGAAAAUGGAUACUUCUUCUGCUGUUCCCAUUCCCAAGCCCGGCUCCCCUCCCCCGGCCACUCGCGAGCCGCUCGCAGACCCGUUCGACCACCCGCAGCCACAAACACAGACAGAGCAGCGAGAUGAACAGCCGCUUUCCGAGCGAUUCGCCGCUGCGGCAUCAGCCACGGCAUCAGGUAGACCUACCCGUUCCACGCCGCGAGAAAAAACUCUCACGGAUGGAUGCAUGGACGCAUGGAUGAGUGUCAACGGUGUUUGUGUGUGUUGUGUGGAUUGUUGAUCAGGUGGUACUGCUCCCGCUGCGCUCGUGCCUGGUGCGAACAUUCCCCGGCUGACGAGCGAUCUGGAGGCGGGGAUGGGCACGUUUGGCGUGGCAGGCAGCAGCGCGAGCGAGAGCAGACACUGGAGCGAGGACGUCAACCUCUCGUCGUCCUCGGACGAGCUGUCGGCCAGCGGCAAUGGCAGUGGGCUGCAGCAGCAGGAGCAGCCACAGGUACGUACCUGCCCUCGCAGAGGAAGGUGAAUACAAUGGAAUGCGUGGAUGCACGUGUGUGUAGGCUGAGGACACCCAGCCGCCGGCAACGCAGCAGCAACAGCAGCGUCGUGAGCAGGGAGAGGAAGGUGCUGGCGCUGCUUUGGGUGCUGGUGUUGGUGGCGCAUCGCUGGGCAGUGUUAGUGUUGGUGGUGAGGGUGGGGAGGCCGGCAGCUGCACGUCGUCGCGACUAGAGGAACUUCUGAAAGAUGUACGCAGCGCAUUGCAGACACGGUGGAUUGAUGGAUGUGUGUGGAUGUCUGUGUGGUGCAGAGCCCGCCGACCGAGAAGUUGCCCGACCGCCCCACUCCCCCUCUCCCAUCGCUGCCAUACCCACGGGUCAUCGACCACCGACCACCUCCCACUGCCACAGCCACUGGUAAGGGUAAUGCGCUGUCCUGUGUGCUGCAUGUGUGUGUGAUGGGUGUGAAUGUGUGUGCAGGGAAGAGCCAGCAGCCACCGAAGAAGGCGCCGGUGCCUCAUCCCAGGACGGCUGCUGCUGCGGCCUCACACACGGGGGCGGGUGCUGGGGCGGGGAGAGGGGGUACGCACACAUUGGCGCACGGACAGAUAGGCACAUGGAUGUGCAGACGAUUGUGAUGGUGUGUGUUGUAGGUGUGCGGGGUGUAGUGAGGGGUCGGCCGCUGAGUGCGUUCCCUUCGCCGACGGGCCAGACACGCGGACAUCCUAAGGGCACUGCUGGGGGCAGGUACGCAUUUGACGUGCUCUUGUGCACACGCACUCUUACACACACUCAGAGAGAAAGAGAGAGAGCAGAGAGAUCGUCUUUCUGUGCUCAAUCCAUGUGUUUGUGUCUGCAGGGAUGUGGGUGGUGGUGGUGCGGGGAUGGGUAUGGGUAUGGGGUUGCAUCAGUCUGUAAGUGCCGCUAGGGAGAGGGACACAGUUAGGGAUAGUGGAGAUACCGGAGUUGGUGCUGGAGGUGCUGGUGGUGGUGUGAGUGGUUCGGUGGACAGCAGCAUUGCCAUGGGUGAGCCGCCCACCUUCAGGGCCUCCGAGGUGAGCAAAGCCGUGUGGUCUGUCGAACAAGCCAACACCACCCAGCAACAACAGCAGGUGAUCCAUGACACAGAUAUGACACACAACAACAAUGGUGCAUCCAUCUCUCCCUCUCUCUCUCUGUGUGUGUGUCGAUGUGUGCACGUAGGAGACCUCUGGUGGUGGUGCUGGUGUCGGUAUGGGUGGUGGUGUUGGUGGUGCGCCGAGCCAUCCGUAUUUGAGUAUGCGUAGUUUGAUGGUUGGGGACGGCGAACACCCGCCGGAUGUCGACAUACAGAGAUACGCACUGCAGGUAAAACACCACCACACCAUAAAUGCGCUUGUGUGUGCAUUUAUGCGUGUUUGGUGAUGGUACGUUGUUGUGCAGUUGGAGGGUUUCCUGACGGAGUUCAAGCAGCAGGCCCUUGAGGGAUUCAUCAACGCCAAAAAGAACGCUGAGGACUCACUACGAGUAUGUUGCCAAACACACACAUCCAUGUGUGGAUCCCCCGGGUGUGUGUGUGUCUCUGUCAGUACACUCUCGACUCAGAGCGGCAUCGUUUCAACUCCACCCUGCACACCAAAGAAAACGAGGUCAGUGUGUUGGCGUCGUAUGUCUCCAUGUGUCCGUAUGUCUCUAUGUGUCCGUAUGUUCGCGUAUGCUGUGUGCUCUGGUGAUGUUGGUUGCAGAUAUGUGCGAUGCGUCAGGUGCAGUCGACUGUGCAGCAGAUGAACGACGUGCUGCACCACAGACUCAAGGUAAGUGGAGAUGGCAGCCAUCUCUCUCUCCAUCUGUGUGUUGCUGCACUUGUGCGUGUUGACAGGGUGUGGUCAAUCUGAGCCCCAAAGUGCGCGACGACGAACAUAUGCGGGCCCUCAGGCAAGUGCACACGGAUGCACACACACGAUGCACACCGGCUACCUAACGACACUCUCUCUGUGUGUGUGUGUUGGAUGAUACACACCACAGGAGCCGUUGCUGGGCUGCGUGGCGCGCAUACGUCCAGAUGAGCAAAGACACCCACCUGGUCGGUCGAGACACAUACCCAUCCACGUGUCUUUAUACGUGUCUAUGUGGUGGUUUGGGUGUGCAGAAGACCUCCCUGGCCAGUGCACUGUACCACAAGCGGCUGUGCAUGUCGGUCUUCAGCAGCUGGCGGGGGCGGGCCAGCAGGUCGGCAAUGGAGGUAAGCCAACCAGCCCCAUUAGAACAAAAUGCCUUCACUCGUGCGUCCUCAUGUGUGCGAUUGGGUGCAGAAAAAGCUGGCGGCGACCAAGGCGUCAUCGGACAUUGAGCGAAACCGCCUGUGUGCCCUUGUCAACCUGGUACACUGAUACGCACACACUCAGAUACAAAUGAGUAUGUGUCCAUAUGUGUCAUUUGCUGUGUGUAGGAGAGGGACCGUCUCCAGGAAGAGCUGAAGCACACACAGGCCCAACUCAAGAGGGAGGUACGCAACCACAUGCGGGCGCCUAGACACACACACGUGUGUCUGUGUGUCGUGUGUUUGUGUGUGUGUCAGGUGGACACUCGUGCGUUGCUCCAGGACAAUCUGAAGCGCGUCUUUAUGCGGGGCGUGUAAGCCACACACACGUGUGCUGUGUCCAUCCAUCCAUCCAUCCAUUCAUUUAUUUGUGUCUGUGUGACUCUCUGUCAGGUGUGCGUUGAACUUCGAGGCGAUGAACAUCCUCUCCAACCCAACAGCAGCAGCACAACCAUCCCAGCAGCAGCAGCAGCAGCCGACCUCACCGUUCGCAGCGUUCAACAUGGUGCCUUCCGCUGCUGCUGCUGGUGGUGGGCACUUCUAAACACAUACAGACAGACAGACAGACAGACACCCAUCCAUCCAUCCGCCCGUGUGUGUGUCUGUUGUUUAGGUGUGGGUGUGAGUGGUGCGCAGAGUGCGCGCGAGUACCGCGGCUGGGGCGGCGGAGAUAACCCCACCAAUAGCAAUGAAAGGGCGCCUUCUUUCCAGGUACAUCGCAUAGAUCCCUAGCCUCCCCCCCUCCCCCCCACACACAGAGAGAGGGAGAGGCACCCAGGCGGCUUGUUCCUUCGACAGCACACGUGUAUGUCGACAGCACACGUGUAUGUGUGUGUGUGUGUGUGUGUGUGUGUGAUAGGGCGAUGACAUGACCACAUCCCACCAGACGAUGAACAUGCCUGCCGACGACGGCAAUGUCACCGAGGGCGGCCACGAGUCCCUCGACAUCCCAAACGAGCCACCACAGCCUUACAAAUCUGACGAGCACGGCGCCGCUCUGGUGUAAGUUCUGCACAAACUUGAUGGAUUGGAGGACGGAGGGAGGGAUGGAUGUGUUGCACUCAUUUGUGUGCAGACCCAAGAGUGCCACCACUGGUGGGUGGCGGAGUGUGGACCAGCUGCAGCACCACCAGCAGCAGCAGCCACAAUACCAUCACCCACACCACCAGCAGCACCACGCUGGUACUAUGCACACACGCGUGUCUGUCUGAAUGAGUGAGCACACAAGGCGGUGUGUGUGUGCCGACGCGUGUGUGCAGGUAUGCCUCCGGUGGUCCGUGUGCAGUCGUCCCGCGUGACGAGUGCCGCUGUGGUCGGCCCGGCGGUGUCGUCGGUAUGCCAAUCCAACAGCUCACAGACCACCAUACAACCCAACGCUGGUACGGCCGUCUACUCAGGAAAGUCAUAGCCACCAACACGCGGCCGUCACCGGCUGUCUAUAUUUGUGUGUGCGUGUCAGAUGUGGGAGGGCCGCAGCAGCGGACACAGACACAGACACAGCACGGCAGAUCGAUCAGGAACUGACUCAGACACGCAAUGCACGCAAUGUACGAUGGGUAGAUCAGUGCCUGGGCGCAUCAUGACUGGGUGGCGAGUGGAUGGAUGGAUGGAUGGAUGGAUGAGUGAGUGAGUGAGUGACCAGCAGCUUGGACGUCUGUGUGCGUUUCAUUCACAUUUGUGCG